ACUCGCACACACACUAGAGAGAGGCGGGGCGAGCUGCAUCCCCGGCUGCGAAAACAAAUCGACUGCCGCGAGCUUCAUCCAUCCCCAGCUCCAGCUGCUCGCCUCCGAAUCGCAAUCGCAACUCAGGCGCAGCUCAGGAGAAAUCCGAGUACAAGCCAGGACUAGUAGGUAAGAUCAUGGAUGCGGAGGAGGAAGCGUCGGCGAGCAUGGCGGAGGAAGACGAGGAAGAGGAGGACGCCGGCAGCGUGGCUCUCGGCCCCCAGGUUCCACUCAAGGACCACCUCCAGCUCCUCAAGGAGGGGGAGGACGACAGCCUGAGGAGAUGGAAGGAGCAGCUCCUGGGAGACGUCGACACCACCAAGCUCGGAGAGAGUGCAGAACCGGAGGUGACCGUCCUGAACCUGACCAUCCUGGCGCCGGGGAGGCCGGACCUGCUCCUGCCGAUCCCGUUCGCCGACGACAGCAGCAGGGCCUUCACGCUCAAGGACGGCAGCCCCUACAGCUUCCGGUUCUCCUUCACCGUCGCCAACAACAUCGUGUCCGGCCUCAAGUACUCGCACACCGUCUGGAAGGCCGGCGUAAGAGUGGAGAAUCAGAAAGUGAUGCUCGGGACCUUCGGCCCUCGGCAGGAGCCGUACACCUACGACGCCGAGGAAGACACCACCCCGAGCGGCAUUUUUGCGAGGGGUUCUUAUUCUGCUAAACUAAAGUUCGUGGACGACGACGGGAAGGUGUACUUGGACAUGAGGUACUGCUUUGAGAUCAGGAAGGACUGGGGAGGAGUAGUCUAAUUAACAAGAGUCGGUAGUAGGGAGAUGUCACUGCUUUAGUCUGCUAGGCACAUGUAUGACUGGAUGGGGAUCAUACGAAGUGAUCUUGAUGGCCUGGAGUGAAGUGGAUCUGCAGCACCUUUGGCCUUAAAUGGUCACUUCUCUCUGAAUUUGCAUGUUGACAAUUAACUGGUACCGUGUUAGCAGCAUGACUGAUAUUGGUUUUGGGCUACUUGUUUCUUA